ACAAUACCUGCGUAGCAGGAAGGACACAGUGCGCUGUGUGGUGACAAAUCUGACGGAGGAGGGGCCAGGUGACCUGGCUGAGGAGUUGGUGCGGGGAGGGGAGGCCAGUGACCCCGUCGACGAACAGGCUGCCGAAAUGGAGGAUUGGCAGAACUGGAAGCCCGAUCCUGUCGACAGCGAUCCCAUGAAAACGCCGAAAAGUGGGCGAACCUCUGAUAUUAUUUCGAUGCUGGUGAACGUGUAUGGAAGCAAGGAGCUGUUGUCAAUGAUACCGUUUGUUGACUCGCAACUGCAUUACUGUGAGGUGAUGUUGAAAGAUGUGUACGACUCUAGGCGUAUCAACGCACAUCUGCAUAGUGACCCGAAUUUUGAUCACACUAAACAGCCUUAUACUACGAACGCGCUCAUUCUAUCAGCUCAGUUCUGGCCGUCUUUCAAAGAAUUGAACUCUUUAGAAUUGCCAGACUUGGUAAAAGAGCGGUUAGCUGUUUACACAAAAGCGUUUGAGACGUUGAAGGACUGCUGCGUGAGAUCUCGACAGACUGCUUCCUAUGGUCGAGGAGAGUGGAGCCAAGUCCAAAUGGCGUCUGUGCCGGAAAUGGUUUGUGAGGACGAGGAGACCGAAAGUGUCAUGGCGUCGGCACACGAUCAACGCGAAGAGGAGCUACAGGUGUUCUGGUCGUACAUAGUAGGUAUGCUGACAAACCUGGACUCCAUGCCGCUGGAGAGAAUCCACCAGAUGUUGAAAAUGUUCGCUUCGCAGGGUCCCUCGUCAGUGGAGUGCAGUCUGCAAGAGUUGCGGCUAUUUCUCGACAGGAAAGUGCGCGAACAUAAACUGUUGUUCAGUGGGGGCUUCUAUCGGUUGCCAAAAUCAUAG